GGCGUGACGUCGCAGCCUCGGAAACGACAAGUGACAGACAGUGAAGACGACGAGGCGAAAGUUUCCGCAGCUGCUGGUUUGCGUUGGUCGCGUUGGUCGCGUUUGUCGUGUUUGUCGUGUUUGUCGUGUUUAUGCCCCGUCACUGCAGCACUAUCACCGGCUUCCGUCCUGACAGCGAGUCCGCGGUGUUGUGCUGUGAACUAGCGGCUCGAGCGUGUGUCGUGUGAGGCUGAAGUCCGCGUCGCAGCUGACAAGCACCAGAAGUUUGAUCCCACCUCGAGGAGAGGAGACGAGGAACUAUGACCAACAGAGAAGACGAGUACGACUAUCUCUUCAAAGUGGUGCUGAUUGGUGAUUCAGGUGUAGGGAAGAGUAACCUCCUGUCACGCUUCACCCGCAAUGAGUUCAACCUGGAGAGCAAGAGCACCAUCGGAGUGGAGUUUGCCACGCGCAGCAUCCAGGUAGAGGGCAAGACCAUCAAGGCUCAGAUCUGGGACACAGCCGGACAGGAGCGAUACCGUGCUAUCACUUCUGCGUACUACCGCGGUGCAGUUGGAGCUCUCUUGGUUUAUGACAUCGCCAAGCACCUGACCUAUGAGAAUGCUGAGCGCUGGCUGAAGGAGCUGCAGGACCACGCAGACAGCAACAUUGUCAUCAUGCUCGUCGGGAACAAAAGUGAUCUACGCCACCUGAGGGCGGUGCCUACAGACGAGGCCAAGGCCUUUUCAGAGAAGCAUGGCUUGUCUUUCCUGGAGACGUCAGCGUUGGACUCUUCCAACGUGGAACUGGCUUUCCAAACGAUCCUCACAGCCAUCUACAACAUCGUGUCACAGAGGCAGAUGUCCGGGCGGAGCGACUCGGACUUCUCACCCGCCUCCAACGUGGUGCCCAUCACGGUCGAGCCCACCCAGACCUCACCCGGCAAGGGCGUGUGCUGCCAGUCCAACUGAGGCCGAGUCGCUGGGCCAGCCUCCUUCACCCUCCAGGCACACGGAGGACACGGCCAGACAGACAGAUGGACAGACAGGUUGACAUAACCAUUUCACUGAAGGGGGGGGGACACUUGUCUUGUAACCAGGUUGAUUUGUCUGCCGUCUGAUAAAGAGAAGGAGGGAGAUGAUUGUGUGGUGAGGGCCGUAGACGCAACAUCACAAUUGUUUUACAAUCUAAUGACAUUUACCACUUUUUAAAAUCACCUUUUUUUUUUUUGUAUCUCAUCGCCACAUUUUUUUUUUUUUUUUAUCUUUGCAAAGCGUUCCUGUUCAGGAGAGAGCUCUGCUGCUACUGUUACUCCCUGUGUUUCUGAAAAUGUAGUAAUAUUUAGAUUAAUUUCCCUUAUGAUAUUUAUUGAACACUAGAUUAUGGUCUUGUUUGGCCAAAAGGGUUUGUAAUUUUACACUCUUCCUCUCAUUUUCCUGCAUUUCCUUUCAUAGCAAAGUUAGCUCUCAGAGUUGUUUUAGUCUCUCUCUCUUUGGCAGGUUAAUGAUUACAGGUGGUUGCUUUAAGCCGGUGUUUCCCACGGUCGUGCGUGUUUUACACGUUUCCCGCUCUCUUCUGCGUCUGCAGAGCUCGGCGAUGAUCAGCUGUGAUGCAGCAGGGAAACUGCUGCAUCCAUUCUUUCUUAGAGAGAAACAGCAGAGAAACAGCCUGUGUGCAGCUUUAUAUCCACAUACUGUACGGCGAUGAUCAGCUGUGAUGCAGCAGGGAAACGUCUGAAACACGCACGGCUCUGGCUCCUGAGAAACACGGCUUUCAGUCACAGUGAGACAGUAACAGUGACACAGACACAGUAACAGUGAGACAGACAGUGACAGUGAGACAGUGACAGUGACACAGUAACAGUCAGCUUCUUAUCUUUGAGUUGUAUUUUCCUGCUGUGGACACCACACGUGAGUCAUGCUCUCACUAUUAACUCCAAAUGAGCAGCUGUGUUUUAAAGUGAUAGUUCAGGUGAGUUAGAAGUGUGGACGUCUGUGCGCACUAAUAACAUGUGACUUCUCUAAAGACUUGUGAUAUUGAGUGAUAUUUUAGGAGCAGAUGAGCUGCUUCAUCUCAGUGUUACCUCUUACACCAAAGUCCAGAUAAAAGUAGCUUUUUAGCUUUUAAAUGUGAUGGAAGGAUUUCACAGCGAAACACAUUUGUACUUGAUGAUGGAGGCAACUCCUGUGACGUCUCCGUGGACGUUGGUGUAAGCAGAGAACAAGGUUUUAGUAACACAGCGUGUGACUUCAUCACGUCAGCCUUUUGUGAAGUGGCUGAAAUAGUGCGUGUCCCUGCUGGCAGCCAUGUUUGGACAGUGAGUAAGCGUCAGUGUCUCCAGCUGCUGCUCAGUCCCUCAGACUUGACACUUGAAAAAACCUGAACUAGCCCUUUAACAGUGUCCCACGGUGGCCAUGUCUUUGGUGACGACAUUUUCAUCCUCAUGUUUCUGCUCUUCUGUGGGAGAGAUUAGGAAUAUUGGACUGUACAAUCUCAUGCUGCCACUGCUGAAAGCAGGGAUGAUGGACUGGAUGGAUGGAUGGAUGGAUGAAUGAAUGAAUGAAUGAAUGAAUGGAUGGAUGGAUGGGUAAUGUUUCAGGGGAUGAUGAGGUAGUGAGGGCACUCAGCCGUGCUCCUGUGAUCUCCGCUGUAGCACAGAGGGCUUGUUUUACUGUAAGUGAAAUCCUCCAGUGUCUUCUCUCCGUCUCUGUCUCCACUGUAACUGGACCAGGACACCACUGCCUUCUGGGAUGUCCCUGAGGUCUGCCCUCGCGCUCACUCGUCUUUAUUUCCUGUAGGGAGAGGGAAGGGGGAGGGACCUGUACUCAGGGGCCAGGAUUUGGGUUCUUUUUUAAUUGCUAAUAGUUUAAUAGAUUAAGAAAAAGAGAGACGUGUGUGGGAGGGGCUUCAUUAAAUAAAUCCAAAGGUUGCACACACACACACACACACACACACAGAUGAACGCUGACUUCUGUUGACUUCACAGGUCUUGAACUGGGUGGCAUAGGUCAGGGCUUUUUUUAACCUUUAUUCUAAUGUAUGUAUAUUUGGAAUACAUAUGUAUUAAAUAAAUCUCAUUUGCUAUAA